UCACCUUCCCCUCUCCUCCCUGUGGACAGACAAGCAGAAGGAUUCCUUGGAUCGCAAUACAUCCAUAUUUUCUCACUUCUACCACUGUCCUUCAUCAUGGGUAGCUGGAUUAUUCACAAAGAACUAUAUUGUCCUAGAGCAGGACUUUGGACAGGUUUCUUAGGGUGUUAGGACUUCAAGGUGGAAACGUAAUAUUCAUGACUGAUCAAAGACAGAAGACAAACUAUGGUUCAUAUUGCUUCAUGAGACCUUGAAUGAUGAACUCUGAAGCCCUCUGCCCAAUGGAAUCCCAGCAGGGCCAAUGAAAUGUGCAUCAAGGAAUUCAGAACCCUCUUUUUUAAGUUGCUUUUGACAGCAUACUUCUCUUGUGAUCGCCAUUCGGUACCUCUACCCCUCCAUCUUUUUUCAGCUCUUCUUCUCUUCAUCUCUCCAGCGUCUUCCGUUUGGACUAGUGAUGCCCUUUUAAGCUAAAGUGUCUACUUCCUGUCUCUCGUCCUCCCUGACUUCCUGUUUUCUCUUAUUGGCUCACCCACCUGACCUCCACCAUUCGGCCCUCUCUAGCAACCGCUGUCCUCCGCCCCUGCCCCCGAUCAUCCUCCCCCUCACCCUCUCACUCCUCUGCCCCUUCCUCCCCCCGCCACCACCAUCAUCAUCAUCACCACCGCCAUCCUCACCCCCAGCCCCACCACCAUCACCACCGCCACCAAUCCUCUCCUCCCUUCUCCGGCCGCUCUUCUGAGGGAACCAUGGCGAUGGCUGCCACUGCCUCCUCCUCUCCCCCGCCUUCAUCGCCUGGCAACAGCACCGCCCGGGAGCACCUGCUGGCGGUGCGUCGGCGCACCCCGCACACCCGACCGUACACCAUUGGUCCGGACAACCUCCAGGGUCUGUCUUCGACGGGUGCAGUUGAAGAAUCUUCGUCCUCCUCCCCCUCCGAUAUUUCCCCAGGGAGCCAAUCAGAAACGCCAACGGUGGGGCUCCAGCGGGCCAAUAGCGACACAGACCUGGUGACAUCAGACAGCCGCUCAUCACUCACGGCGUCAACGUACCAGCUGACUCUAGGCCACACACACCUGGUGAUCUCCUGGGACAUCAAGGAGGAAGUGGACGCCACCGACUGGAUCGGCUUGUACCACAUCGACGAGACGUGCGUGGCCAAUGUUUGGGACUCAAAAAAUCGUGGAGUGAAUGGGACCCAGAGAGGACAGAUAGUGUGGAGACUGGAGACGGAACCCAACUUCACGGAGCCGGAGACUAAGAUCUGCUUUAAGUACUAUCAUGGUGUAAGUGGAGCGUUAAGAGCAACAACACCUUGCAUCACUGUCAAGAACCCUGGAGUACCGGUGGGAAGUGAAGGCCGAGUGGAGGACCAAUCAGGCGUUGAGCACUGUCGGAAACUAGUCAGCUUCACCCUAUCAGACAUCCGGGCGGUGGGUCUGAAGAAGGGCAUGUUCUUCAACCCCGACCCCUACCUGAAGAUGUCCAUCCAGCCUGGGAAGAGGAGCGGCCUCCCCAAGUUCACCCACCAUGGCCAGGAGAGACGCUCCUCCAUCAUCGCCAACACCACCAACCCUGAGUGGCACGGAGAGAAGUACACCUUUGUGGCGCUGAUGACGGACGUGUUGGAGAUCGAGGUGAAGGAUAAGUUUGCCAAAAGCAGACCAAUCAUCAAGCGCUUUCUGGGUCAGCUGAUCCUCCCUGUGCAGAGACUUCUGGAGGGGCCGGCAUUGGAUGAUCAGGCAGUCAGCUACAGCCUGUGUCGGCGUCUCCCUACGGACCAUGUGAGCGGGCAGCUCGUGUUCAGAGUGGACAUCACCUCUAUUGGACAUGAAGAAGCCUCUCCUGACAUAGUGGGGACCCUCCUAGGUGGCACAGUUAACGGGGACCCUGGGAGUCCCUCAGACGACGAAGACUUCCCCCACCUGUCCUCCUCCCCACGCGUAUACAGACCUUCUCCCACCGGCCCCGAUGAGGACUCCCUGUUAGUCAAUGGCGCUUAUUGCUAUGGCGAUGACAGUGUGUGGCGGGACCCGGGGCAGAUGGGAGAGGAGGAUCUGCUCGCCCUGGCAGUGGGAGGUCACACCCACCGGCAGGUGUCGCUCAACGACUACCUGGACGCCAUCGAGGCCCCCACGAGUCCAGGGGAGCAGCCCCCAGCGGGGCCUUCGCCCAAACUGCGCUCCAGCUUUCCCACGGACACGCGGCUCAACGCCAUGCUGCACAUAGACUCAGACGAGGAUGAGGAGGCAGGGCAGCAGGAGGCUGGGACGCAGCAGAACACAGACUCAUCAAAGACAUCCUCUGAGUCUCAGGAGAACCAGAGUCCAACCGCAGAGACCCUCACUGGAGCUGCAGAGGGGGCCGUCCAAACUCAGGCCGGAGCAACAGCUGCUGGACCGUCAGCUUCAGACAGUUCCUCAGCUCCCAGCUCAUCUCAGGCAGCAGGGGCGGAGGCAGCAGCAGCAGCAGCAGGGCCGGGGGGGGCUCUGGGAGAGUGUACCUGUCAGGAGCAGAGCAGCAGGAUGGGUGAUCUGCCCUGCACCCCCUCACUUGCUCCACUUUCCCCCAUUCAGGAGGUGGUGGACACAAGGAAAGAAGUGGCUCCAAAGGCGGAGGAGGAGGGGGAGUCAUCGAGCAGCGAGGCCAACGCUCCGGUAGCAGCUGCUCCUGCAAACCGCAGCACAGCUGACCAGGCAGGAGCGACAUCAGAAGUUGGAGCAAGGGCCAGUAGCAGGAGCAGUCGGGAGCAGCAGGAGGAGGAGGAGGUGUGGACGAGGAGGCAGUCCCUGCAGGCCUGUGCAGGCCCGGUCCAAACCCAGGAAGUGGGGGUGGAGGGGGAGACAGGUGAGAUAAUUGUGUGUGUGUGUGUGUGUGUGUGUGUGUGUGUGUGUGUGUGUGUGUGUGUGUGUGUGUCAGAACUCCGCAGGGACAGCGUUGUGGCUCAGUCCAGCUCCAGGUCCCGCCUCAGUCUCCUGCUCCAGUCCCCCAGCGCCAAGUUCCUCACCAGCCCCGACUUCUUCACUGUGCUUCAUUCCAACCCUAGUGCCUACCGUAUGUUCACCACCAACACGUGUCUGAAGCACAUGAUCAGUAAGGUGCGGAGGGAUGCUCACCACUUUGAGCGCUACCAGCACAACAGAGACCUGGUGGCCUUCCUCAACAUGAUGGCCAACAAACAGCUGGAGCUGCCCCGAGGCUGGGAGAUGAAGCACGAUCACACCGGCAAGCCUUUCUUUGUGGAUCAUAACUGCCGCGCCACCAGCUUCAUCGACCCCCGGCUGCCCCUGCAGAGCACCCGGCCCCCCAGCGUCCUGGCUCACCGCCAACACCUGACCCGCCAACGCAGCCACAGCGCGGGGGAGGUCAGCCCCCGACGACUGGUUGGUGAAGACCCUCGUCACGCCGGCCCCCCGGUCCUGCCGCGACCUUCGAGCACCUUCAGCUCCACCAGCAGGGGGCAGAGUCAGGACGUGGUGCCAGUGGCUUACAACGACAAAAUUGUGGCGUUUCUUCGACAACCAAACAUCUUCGAGAUUUUACAGGAGAGACAACCUGAGUUCAACCGGAACCAUUCACUCAGGGAGAAGGUGCAGCUGAUCCGCACUGACGGAGGCUCAGGAUUGGCCCGGCUGUCAGGUGACGCUGACCUUGUCAUGCUGUUAAGUCUGUUUGAAGAUGAAGUGAUGUGCUACGUACCGCCUCACGCCUUACUGCACCCGAGCUACUGCCAGUCUCCCCGGGGGUCGCCCGUCUCCUCCCCGCAGAACUCUCCUGGGACUCAGAGAGCCAAUGCCAGAGCCCCAGCCCCGUACAAGAGAGACUUUGAGGCCAAACUGCGCAACUUCUACAGGAAACUGGAAACCAAAGGCUACGGUCAGGGACCAGGGAAGCUCAAGUUGAUCAUCCGCCGGGACCACCUGCUGGAGGAUGCCUUCAAUCAGAUCAUGUGCUACUCCCGGAAAGACCUGCAGCGCAGCAAGCUCUACGUCAGCUUUGUGGGGGAGGAGGGGUUGGACUACAGCGGGCCUUCCAGAGAGUUCUUCUUCCUGGUUUCCAGGGAGCUGUUCAACCCUUAUUAUGGUCUGUUUGAGUACUCGGCCAAUGACACCUACACCGUGCAGAUCAGCCCCAUGUCCGCCUUCGUAGACAAUCACCACGAAUGGUUCCGGUUUAGUGGUCGUAUUCUGGGCUUGGCUCUGAUCCAUCAGUACCUACUGGACGCCUUCUUCACCAGACCCUUCUACAAAGGCCUACUGCGCAUGUACGGUGUGUGUGUGUGUGUGUUUGUGUGUUGUGAUAUUUCUUUAACUUUUGAGGUAAAGCACAACAGUUCAAACCCCAUCUUUUUCUUCUCUUUCUGUUCCAUCCCUCCCCCCCCUCUCCAGUUUGUGACGGGGACGUCCAGUAUUCCUUACGAGGGCUUCGCCGCCCUGCGAGGCAGCAACGGGCCCCGCAGGUUCUGUGUGGAGAAGUGGGGGAAGGUCAGCGCACUGCCCAGGUAGGAAGCUCACUCACCCUGCUUCAACCGCCUGGACCUGCCCCCCUACCCCUCCUUCUCCAUGCUGUACGAGAAGAUGCUGACGGCCGUGGAGGAGACCAGCACCUUCGGACUGGAAUGAAACCCUGGUGCGACCAAGAACCCCCUCCCCCCUCCCAAGGACUGCUGCUGGGAGAGAAGAAGAAGUUGGAUUAAAGCCCCGUCCCUGUCACGACGGGCUACAUUUGAUAAAGCUGCACUCGAAGGACCUUUUUGUUGCACGUAUUUAACUUAGUGACACACCUGUGUGAUGUGAGGAAUGAAGAAUCACUGCCUUUGGGACCAGAACUUUUACUGCCAGGGUUCUACCAAUCGGAGCCCGACCUGGGGGGUUUGUUUGUAUCACUUUAGGAAGAAGAAGAAGCGAACACUGCCUUCACUGCUAGAGCUGCAGCCUCUGGUGGUCUCGGGGGUCCGACCCCUUGGCCCGUUCACUCUGCACUCCCCUUUCUCGUAUGGCUUUUGGUAAUCUUUGAGCGACUUCCCUGAGAUGUUCCACUGCUCCUUUUCCAGUGCAGGAAUGGCAUUGUUACAGUAUUUUCAUCGACAAGAAGAAAUUGGAUUUUCUAAUGUUCUGUGAUUUGAAUGUAACUCACUUUAUGAGGUAGUGUUGUUUGUGAUGAUUUUGUACCAGAUUU